GAGGUGCAACCAGGGAGCAAAGCGGCUGCUGCCGAGAAGCACCACACAGGAGAGGUGCCAUGCAUCUAUUCCUUCCUCCGCAAGCAAUUUGCCGACGUGAACUUGCACAACCGCAGGUGGGUGACAGAAUCAGACUUGAUCUCCUUUGUGAGCGCUCGGGCAAAGCGCAUGGGCGAAGUCCCUGCAGACUUCCAGGAUCUUCUUCGGGAGAGUGCGAGACGCUGCUUUCAUCAAGCAGCUGUGCGAAAGGAAGGAAUCCGCUCAGAGGACUGGGUUCACUUUGGCCUGCUUUCGGUCUCGUCACCUGCGGCGCCGACGCAGCUGCUCAAUAGGCGCUUGCGACGUGAGCUG